CACGCGCGGGCGUGGCGCGACGUGGUUUGCGUCGUGGCGUGAGCUUGCGCGCGCGCAGGGGCGAGAAGUCUCCUGCCGGGUCCGCCUAGGCGAGGGCUGGGCUAAGAUGGCGGCGCCCGUCCUCCUGCGAGUCUCGGUGCCGCGCUGGGAGCGGGUGGCCCGCUACGCCGUGUGCCUGGCCGGCAUCGCCCUCUCGCUCUACGCCUGCCACCUGGAGCGCGAGAAGGGCCGCGACCUCCACUACCGGGCCCUCUGCGACCUCAGCGACCGCGUCCGCUGCUCCGCCGCCAUCGCCUCCAGAUGGGGUCGAGGUUUUGGCCUGCUGGGUUCCAUUUUUGGAAAAGACAGUGCAAUAAAUCAACCGAACAGCGUCUUCGGUCUUGUGUUCUAUGUUCUACAAAUGUUACUUGGUAUGACGGCAAGUGCGGUAGCGGCGCUAGUCCUCAUGAUGUCUUCCAUAGUGUCGGUAAUAGGAUCCUUGUACCUGGCCUACAUUCUGUACUUUGUCCUGAAGGAAUUCUGCAUUAUCUGCGUUGUCACGUACUUGCUGAACUUCAUUCUCUUUAUCAUCAACUACAAACGACUAGUUUACUUGAACGAAGCUUGGAAGCGGCAACUCCCGCCCAAACAGGAUUAACCCCCUACCCCCCCCCAUGAAAACUUUUGACUGACAGUCUGAAGACCCGACUUCCGUUUCGAGUUUAUUUCACAGUAAAAGAAGGUUUUUGUUGUUGUUAUUUUUCUUCUCCAUAUCAGAUGCUUUCCCCCAAGGAUUGUCACUGGUUUAAUGACAGUGAAUGGAAAAGAACCGGGCUCUGUGGUAGCUUCUGUCCAAUGAAUUCAAGGUGGCAUCGGUGGAAGUCCUAACCCAAUCAAAGACCAGCUUUAACUCUACGCUGAAGGAGUUCUUAGCUGCAGAUUCGUUGCACCCUCCUAUUCUGUCCUCCCCCCAAUAUUUCAGGUUGGUAACACUUGCUAGGAAGCCCCCGCACUCUAUGUAUAAAUUCAGUUUUGGGAGCUUUAACAGAAGAUCAUGAUAACUUUAUUCUAGACUUUAGAGGUACCGUACGGAAAUGUUGCUGUUUACAUUAUGUGUAUUUGUAGCUAAGGGGAUUUCACUUAGAAGACUUACUGCAACAUUGUACAUAAGGCUCAGAAACGCUGGGCAGCGUCCGUGUGAAACCAGAAGCUUAUCACGGCUCAAACCGGGUUUUGUUCAGAAGCUUAGCGACUUGAAAAACCUUCCAAUUCUUGUUGGAAUAUUUUAUUUUUUUAAUGGAGGAUGAAAUGAGCCCAUCUCUCUGGAGAAAACUGUUGCAACGAGGGAGAAUUAGUUGAGAUUCCUUCUUCUUUUUCUUUGGACAUGAAAAUGGAAUUUGAUGCGGCAAGUUGUGCAUGUCUUCAGAAAGCGGCAGGACUUAAUACAGGUUCCUGUGCAACACGUGAGCUGUUUGGCGUGGGUGACGAAAGACCUGCUGGGAGGACACUAAGAAGGGUUUGGCCUGGGGGAAUGGAGGGUCGUGGCAUUGGGAGAGCCAUCUUCUCAAAUAGAAAAAGGGGAGAGCCGGCCUUGCGCUCCAAAUCGAUGUCAGGCGGCCAAACAGUAUUAAUGGUUUGAGGUAUAUUUCAAGCUGCUGCGUAGAAUUACAACGUUACACUGGAUCCCAGUGACUUACUGGCAAACUGAUGCACUGAAGUCUUCUUAUGCAAGCCAGAAUGCAAUGGAAGGCAAUGUCCAAGGGCACUUAGAGUUUCCCCUGGGCAGUUUCCCUUUGUUUCAACGAGGCUGGCGCAUAAAAUGAUUGUGACAAACUUUGUAGAGACCUAGUGGUCCCGGAUCCUUAUUACAAAAUUGGGAGUGAAGUUUAGGGUGGAUAUUGAACUCUUCCCCCCGCUCUUGAGAUGAGGG